CUCCCUCUUUGUCUGCUGUCCCUGUCAACACCCUUAACUGGAGUUAAGAAGGACUCUGGUCUCAUGGUUUCCGCAAACUCCCUCGUCCUUUAACCCAUUUGCCCCUUCCUCAGCUCUUCGGCUUCCCCUCCACACAUGUCCCCGACAGAGACACACGCACACACACACACAGAAGAAACAAACACAGGGCCGCAGGUUUCAGUUCUCCCGUUUAUGUGGGGGUAGGAACUGGGUUUUCUCAGUUUAUAUGAUGCUUUCAGUUAUAUACAGAAAUCUUCAGACAUCAUGAACCCUUGUCUUCCUGAUUGGAACUUUGAGUCUGAUCUCCCUUUCACCAACCAGAACAAACCUUCAGGCCCGAACAACGACCUGGUGGAGCUCCUAUGGCGGAACGGGCAGGUUGUGAUGCACAGCCAGACCCACCGGAGGCCCAGCCCGGAUCACCUCGAAACUCAGCAGUUGCCUCAGAAGCACGAAAACCAGCAUCACCAGAACCCGACUCAAAGGGCAGGCGUUGGGGGUAAUACUAACAUGUCUUACGGGAAUUCGAGUAUUCUGAUCCAAGACGAUGAGACUGUGUCGUGGAUCCAUUACCCUGUUGAUGAUUCCUUCGAGAAGGAGUUCUGCUCGCCCUUCUUCACCGAGCUGCCGGCUGCAGAUGCUAUGGAGACUGACAAGCUGAUCCUUGCAGCGCCGGAGCAGGCCAGCAACAGGCAAUCUUUUGACCCGGACAGCUCGAGGGUCCCAAACCCGAUGCUGCCCCCUCAACCUCAAGUUCAAUUCCCUGAUUCAGCCGUUCAAAAAAACCACGGCUCGGCGAAGGUGAACUUCUCGCAGUUCUUGGGGCCGAUCAAGGGUGACUUGAGGCACUCAAAUCCUCACUUUGGAGGGGCUGGAGAUGUUGGGGAGUGUUCGGGUAUGACUGUCGGAUCAAGCAACUGCGGGAGCAACCAAGUUGUACUAAACGACCCUGACUUCAGUCGGGCAUCCAGCAAUGGGACGGGGACGGUGGGCUUGUGUUCCCAGCUCUUUGCAGAAGAUAACAUCCCAAAGACGGUUCCUCAAGAUGAAGGGAGGAAGACGGAAACCCUUGAGCCAACUGUUACUUCUUCCUCCGGUGGAUCGGGAAGCAGUUUUGGUGGGACCCAAAAGAAUUCGGCCGGCACCAGUAGCCUUAAGAGGAAGGGCCGAGAUGUGGAGGACUCUGAGUGCCAAAGCGAUGCUGCUGAACUCGAGUCUGGUGGUGGGAAAAAGCCUUCUCAACGGUCUGGGUCAGCUCGCAGGAGUCGUGCUGCAGAAGUGCAUAAUCAAUCAGAAAGAAGGCGGAGAGAUAAGAUCAAUAAGAAGAUGAGGGCACUCCAGGAGCUCAUACCUCACUGCAACAAGACGGACAAAGCUUCGAUGUUGGAUGAAGCAAUCGAGUACUUGAAGUCUCUCCAGUUGCAGCUACAGAUGAUGUGGAUGGGAAGCGGGAUGGCAGCUCCAAUGAUGUUUCCUGGAAUGCAGCCGUACAUGUCCCCUAUGGGCAUUGGAAUGGGGCCGCACCCAUUGGCUGCCGUCCACAACAACAUGCAUCUGCCUCGAGUCCCGAUGGUUGAUCAUCAGUCCACGUCCAUGGCCCCACCAAACCAGAACAUGAUGUGCCAAGCACCGGUCCUCAAUCCCGUGAAUUUUCAGAAUCAGAUGCAAAUGCAAAAUCUGCCUGAGCAGUUUGUGCGAUAUAUGGGAAUGCACCAACUGCAAGCUGCAGCUUCUCAGCCCGUGAAUAUGUUCAGAUUCGGUCCUCAGACUAUGCAAAAUUCCCAAGUGACUGCAGUACCAGGAACGGGAAUAGUUCAGCUCGGUGGAGGAGCUUCGAACGAUGAUGCUUCACGUGGCAAGAUAGGCUAAAACUUAAUUAGAGCCAAUCCUCAUUAUGAAUGAUGAGAUUUCCAAUGAGCUUCUGCAAAUUGUUGAGAAUAUAGUAGGAGUGUAUAUUCUUUUAUGGGCAGAUUCAAUGCUCUUCUCCAGAUAAGUCGGCUCUUACCGUAAAUUAAGCUCCCGUUCGCAAAAUUUUGGCUUCAUAACUUGCGUUGUGAUUGCCGUUCAUAAAACUGGCAAAAAUCUCAUGUACAACUAUAUUUUUACAUUCUCUCAUUUCACUUAUUUAUAUAUAUAUAUAUAUAUAUAUAUACACACUCGCAUCAAGAUCAGUACAGGUUGCCUGUUGUGUUCUGCCCCAAUGAUCAUUUAUUGAAAUUAUAGAGCUCGAUUAUUGCUCCGGGGCCAUCUGGAUACGUGGUUUACGGCAUUUAAUUUGUAGGUAUAUAUCGCUCUUCUUGGAGACGUAUUAAAUUCAGUACUUAUCAGCUCUAUGUCUAGAUCCUAUGUAUGACAUUACUUCUUGUGGGGAACCUCGAAGAAGAGACAUAUUGUGGGGACUUAUCAGGUGUCCCCAUCCAGCUCUAGAAUUAGGAUGUGAAUGUCGGCAUCUUAGCUUCUUCUCCAA